CACACACUCACACUCUCUCACACACACUGAGCUUGCAGUAUCCGUGAGAUGAUCAGGAGCUACACUGUGUUCACGCAGUCGCUACAUUUUCACGCCGUUUAGUCUCUCGGUUUGUGUUUCUCUGCCUUGUGGAUCCGGAUUGUUUCCUGCAGAUCGUGGGGAGGAUUAACGCACAUGAUACACAGACGUGGUGUGAAGAGAGUUUCUGAGAAACGUCACGGCUACUCACAGGGAGAGACAUUUACAGGUACAUAUGGGGCAAGGAGACGCCUCUGCGAGAAGCACAGCCAUGGAGGGCGACUGCCUCAGCUGUAUCAAGUACCUCAUGUUCAUCUUUAACUUCUUCAUAUUCCUUGGCGGAUCAUUUUUACUUGGCGUUGGAAUCUGGGUGCUGGUGGAUCCUACAGGAUUCAGGGAGAUCGUAGCAGCCAAUCCCCUGCUCUUCACCGGAGUCUACGUGAUCCUGACUAUGGGCUCCAUGCUGUUCCUGCUCGGCUUCCUGGGCUGCUGCGGAGCCAUACGGGAGAACAAGUGUCUGCUGCUCUUUUUCUUCCUGCUCAUCCUCAUCAUAUUCCUGGCAGAACUCGCGGCAGCCAUUUUGGCCUUCAUAUUCCGGGAGCAUCUCACCAGAGAUUAUUUCACCAAAGAGCUGAAAGCACAUUAUCAAGGCAACAACAACACGGACGUCUUCACCACCACCUGGAACACCAUCAUGGCUACAUUUGAAUGCUGUGGCGUGAACAGCGCUGAUGAUUUCGAUCAGCAUAGCCUCUUCAGGCACCUGAACCCUGGCAGAGCGGUUCCUGAGGUCUGCUGCCUGAGGAACGAGCAGCUGAUGAACUUGGAUGAGUGUCUCAGAGGCAACAUGCUGUUUCGCAUCAAGGGCUGUUAUUCAGCCGUGGUGGACUAUUUCGAGGCGUACAUCUACAUGGCCGGAGCUCUCGCCAUCGUCGUCCUGACCAUAGAACUCUUCGCGAUGGUGUUCGCCAUGUGUUUGUUCCGAGGGAUCCAGUAAUCUGUCCUAAGGACAUUUCAAAAGACAAAUGGCUCAUAAAGAAGACACGCUUGUACUGUAUAUACGUCGUCUCUCUGUUUCCGAGGUGCCCGCAGUGACCAAUUUGUACAGCUGGACCUUCCCUGGUUUUGUGAAAUGAAAGGAGAAUAUAGAGCAGAAAAUUUCACUCCAGUGGUGACAUCGUGACGUGUUUCAGCCCUUUAACACGGAUAGAGGAAGAACUUGCACUGACGUCUGAAUGGAUAUUUAUAGAGGACAGUUUGUGUUUGUACAGAAUCAAAUACACGUUUUACCUUUUUCACCACAGCAUCGAGCCACACUAAAACUUUUCACAAUGUGUGUAUGUGUGUGUGUGUGUGUGUGUGUGUGUAUGUGUAAUCAGAAGCCUGCAUCUUCUGUAUUGUAAAGUGCUGUGUAUUGCAAUUGUGUAUAUUUUAUGUGAUUUUAGUAAUGUGUUGUAUGCCUUUGUACUUAUAUUCAUGAUACCUGAUAUAUGUGACACUGAUUGGUAUUAAAAAAAGAGAUCGAAA